ACGCGCGACGGCGGCUGCGGCCUGUGGUGCCGUCAUCCGGCUGAAUCGAGCGGGUUGAGCUGCGGCUUCCCAGGCGCGCGGGCACGGCUCGGAGCUGCGCCCGCUCUGUCGCCCUCCCGCCGCCUGUAUUCUUGUCCGCCGGCCGUACAGGUCCCGUUAUCAUGUCGCUGAGGCAACGCCUGGCCCAGCUGGCGGGCCUUCUGCAGGAGCCGCAGAAAGUGGCCAGUUUCCAGCGGCUGUGCGGGGUGGAAGCGCUGCCGAGCCGCUCCCCCGCGGCCGCCGCCGACCGGAGGGAGGAUGAGGGAGAGGCGGAGGUGCCCCUAACCGGAGAUCCCCGACGACGAGGGCGGCAGCCAGGGCCACCCGGGGACCCUCAGCCCCCUGGGAGCGACCGCAAUCAGUGCCUGACCAAGCCAGCCAGCGGCGGCGCCCCCAAUGGUGUGCGGAACGGGCUGGCGGCGGAGCUGGGCCCAGCCAAGUCGCGGGUCGCGGGCGCUCUGCGCCGCAACUCGCUGACCGGAGAGGAGGGUGAGCUGGCCGGCGUGAGCAACUGGCCUCUCUACUACCUGUUCUGCUUCGGCACGGAGCUGGGCAACGAACUCUUUUACAUCACCUUUUUCCCCCUCUGGAUCUGGAACCUGGACCCUCUGGUGGGCCGGAGGCUCGUAAUCAUCUGGGUGCUGGUCAUGUUCCUGGGCCAGUGUACCAAGGACAUCAUACGCUGGCCGCGGCCCGCUUCGCCGCCUGUGGUCAAGUUGGAGGUCUUCUACAACUCCGAGUACAGCAUGCCCUCCACCCAUGCCAUGUCCGGCACCGCCAUCCCCAUUGCCAUGAUCCUCCUAACCUAUGGCCGCUGGCAGUAUCCUCUUACAUAUGGACUGAUUCUUAUUCCCUGCUGGUGUUCUCUAGUAUGCCUAAGUAGAAUUUACAUGGGAAUGCACUCCAUUCUGGAUAUUAUUGCUGGAGUCCUAUAUGCCAUUUUAAUCUUGGCUGUCUUCUAUCCAUUUGUGGACCUGAUUGACAACUUCAAUCAAACUUAUAAAUAUGCUCCAUUAGUCAUCAUCGGGCUUCAUUUAGCUUUGGGGAUCUUUUCUUUCACCCUUGAUACCUGGAGCACAUCCCGAGGAGACACUGCUGUGAUUCUAGGAAGUGGUGCUGGAAUUGCAUAUGGAUCUCAUGUUACUUACAACAUGGGUCUAUUAUUAGAUCCUUCUCUAGAUUUGUUACCUUUAACUAGGCCAUCCAUUACUGUGACUAUGUUUGGAAAAGCCAUAUUGCGGAUCUUCUUAGGGAUGGUAAUUGUACUAAUAGUCAGAGAUAUCAUGAAAAAGAUCACUAUACCCUUAGCCUGUAAAAUCUUCAAUAUACCAUGUGAUGAUGUUCGAAAAGCAAGGCAGCAUACGGAAGUUGAACUUCCUUAUCGGUAUAUUACCUAUGGAAUGGUUGGCUUCUCCAUCACGUUUUUGGUUCCUCACAUUUUUUUAUUUAUUGGUCUCUUUUGAUGGAGAAAUGUUUAUGAUAAAAGGAGGGUUUCGUUGACUGAUAUCUAAAAAUAUGUUUUUGGUAAAAGCCAGAUCAGAGUUAGGCUUUUUGUGGGAAUUUAACUUAAAUAAUUAUUUAAGUAAAUUCAUAAAUAGUCAGUGCAUUUUAUCAUUGCACAUCCAGUUGUUGUUUUAGGUGAGUUGAGCUAUUUCAAUACUGAGAAAAUGAUUAAGUAUCCAUUUAGAAUGUUCAUGUAAUGUUUGGAGAGUUAGUGCUGUUAUGGAUUCAAGUUAUAUAUAAUAUAUAUUAAGGUACAUAAUAUACAAUUAUAUAUCUAAUAUAUGUUAUAUAUGAAAUAAUAUACCUGUUUUUAAAAAAUGUUGGGAUGUAUUAUAAAAUCAAUAAUAAUAUGCAAACAGUUGUGCCUGUGUAUUUGGACUUAAUACAGGUAUGUUGUUAACUGAUAUAUUAAACACUCACUUAUUUGCUAUGGGAGCCAUUUCUCAAUUGAAUUGCAUAAUUACUAGAUUCAUGUGCUACCACAUAUUGAUUUAUGGCCUCUUUUUAUACUGUCAUCACUUUCAUGUUAUCCAUUACGUUGAACAGGAGAGGCAUUUUUAAAGGACCAGAUUUUCAGUAAAAUUAGUUUUGGGAAACCUUAAUUUUUUUCAGUUCCGUACGCUGUGUUGAAUGUACUUUAUUUGCAACUGUUCUGGAUAUCAGUUUAAUAAUUCAGGUACUGAAUUUUAUGCUUGCUAAUUGUGCCUUUCUGUUGCUUAAUUAAGAAAUGCCAUCUAUACUGUGAUAAAAAAAUAAGAUGCCAACUUUAUCUUAAGUUACAUGUAAUCAAGCAAAUAUUUUUAAAGCAUUUAUCAAGCUGACAUGGUUAAAAGUAAACUUAACUCUUUAGCCUUUAUUUAGAAAGAAAUGUGGAGUGAGCUAAAUUUCUCACUAAUUUAUUGGAAAACUACAUGGAUAAAUAAUUGUUCCAUUUUGUAGGUAUUUUUCUGUGCAUUGUAAGUUAUAGGAAUAAGAUAUAUUUUUUUGUACAUUGUUUUGAUUGUUUAUACUGCAGGUAGAUAGUUCCAAUGAAUGGAAAUGCAAUUGAAAUUUAUAGAUGGGACAAUGCACAUGCUUCAUAUAUAAACAAACCAUUUUUCUAAAUUAUUCAGAAAGGAUUGGAUUUAGAAGUGUUAACUUUAAUAUUCAUUUAUUUGCUACUUAAGGUAAACUAUAAAAUCUAAAAAUAAGUAUCAGUUUUUAGAUCCUAUUAUUUUUUUCAACUUUUUAUUAUUUUCACAGUGAAAAAUUUGAGUAUAGUAUUAAACUAUUCUUUAUUCUGUCUGUGCCUUUAUAUUUCCAAGUGUAAUUGUAGUUAGGUUAAUAUUAAGUUUAUUUGUAGUAAGUUUUUCAUAAAGAAGAAAAUUAAAUUUCCAUAUAAAUGAGCAUGAGAUAUAGAAUCACUGAUUUUAGUCCAAUAUCUAUGUGAUUCUUUAGAAGUGUCAUUUACGAUGUUUCUAUUUUAAGCAGUUUAACUAUUUGAGCUCAUGUUUUUAUAAUUCUGAUUGGGAAUUUAGGGGUAUGGUAAUUUUUAUCAAAACUGAAAAUUUUAAGUAAAGCAGCUUAAUUUGGGCCCAUUCCCUAUUAGUUGAAAGGAAACAAAGGCACAUAGGAACAUACUGGUACUUUGGAAAAUGUAAAAAGAACUUUUCUUUCAAAAUUUGUGUUUAAUAAAUUGAAUUUUAGGGACAGUUUUCCAUAAGUUGGGUCUAUGUUGUCCUAUUAAUUCUUAUAUCUAUCUUAAAAGGUAUUUGAAAAUAUUUCUUUUUUGUGUGUGUCUUAUUAUGUUCUCUCCUAUGACAGUUCUAUGCUAAAUGUAUUUUAAAAUAAAAGCAA